AUGAGUGUAAUCUAUUCAAUUUCAAGAGUAGAUACUGUGCGCUUCCUUUUUGAAUUAUUCUGUGAAGUUUCCCCCGGUGACCAAACAAGAGAGCCUUACAUUAUCAGAAAAUAUCCUGAGUCAUACAAAAAUGAGGAAGAGUUAAAAAAUGUACCUAAGUUUACAUUUCCUUGUAAAUUGGAAAAUACAUUCAUCCAACAUUAUUCAUUUGUGCUGACUUCAGUGGAUUCCAAAUAUACAUUCUGUUUUUGCCGUUACGAUCCAAAAACCAACACAGCCCUGGUUUUGUUGUCACAUCUACCAUGGCACGAUAUAUUUUACAAGUUGUUGAACUGCAUCGCGACCUUAGAGAAUGGACCGGAGCGUGGCGAGCUGACCGCGUUUCUAGCUGCGUGUCGCAUCCGCCCGCCGGCUCCGGGUCACACACUGCGAGUAACAUACGACGCCGGCCGUGGAGCCUUCACAUGCCGCUGUCCUGGGAACGGAUUGCCCAGCAUCCCUGACAACUGCAAUCUGACGGAGUACUUCAGCGCGCUAGAGGCCGGACGUAUGGCUGCGCUGUGGGCGGCUUUGUUGCACGAGCGGCGGGUGGCGGUGGUCGCGUCCAAGCCGGCGCGGCUCGCUGCGUGCGUUCAAGCCGCUAACGACACGUUGUUCCCGAUGUCGUGGCAGCAUAUUUUCAUUCCGAUCCUACCGCCUCACUUGGUGGACUACUUGUUAGCACCGAUGCCGUUCUUGAUCGGUGUUCCUAGGAGCGUGAUGGAGACGGUCCGGAUGUCGGAAGUCGGGGACGUGGUGGUGUUAGACGCGGACUCCAACGAGCUGAAGAGUCCGUUCCGUGAUCUUGAAAGUCUUCCUGCUGAGGUGGUGGGUGCCCUCAGACGGUCGCUCGCUGACCGCCAGGCGCUAGGUGACGCGGUAUCCCGUGCCUUCCUGCGGGCGCUGGUCGCACUCAUCGGGGGGUACCGGGACGCUAUCAGAAUUGAAAAAGGUCAAUUAAUCACAUUUAAUCCAGAGGCUUUUGUGAAAACCAGGAAAAAUAUGCAGCCUUUUCUCCGCAAAAUACUUCAGUCUCAAAUAUUUCAACAGUUUAUAGAUGAGCGGCUGGAGUUGUUGAACUCCGGCCGUGGUUUCUCCGAUGAGUUCGAGCUAGAGUGUACGCGACAGGCGGAGCGGGCGGGUCUGGCGGGAGCGGGGGCUGGCGGAGGGGGGGUGAACACACUCAAACAACAGUACCGCGAGUGGGCGCGGGGGGUGAAGAGGGAGGGGGGCGCCUUCUUCAAAACAGUCAAAGAUAAGGCGAAUCCCGCGGUACAGUCGGCCGUCAAGACGGUGCGACAGGGCGGUAAGAACAUGAAAUCGGCUGUAAAAGGUUUGAAGAAUAAAAUGCCUAAGACGGGAUCGCGUCCCUCUUCCAUAAACACUACAGAUGAUAGCAGGUAUUCCUGUGGCUCCGGGACGCCGGUGUCAUCUGACUCAUCAUCUACAUCGCGGUCGCCGUCCCCUCCCCCCUCGCCGGCGCCCUCCCCCCUCGUCCCCCUCACGGUAGUCCCACGAGCGCCCCCGCCCCCCGUACCCUUGCCUCUGGAUCUGCUCACUGAGAUGGAGCUCUUGUUCCCUGAGCGAAGAUCUCCACCAAGAGAAACCGAUAAGGCGAAGACAUUAAAUCCACCGCGGUUACCGCAACGCCCCCACCCUCCCCUCAGGUACCCCAUCGUAUCCACCAGGAAGCUCAUAGAUCUGUCAGAUGCGCCAGCACCCCCGCCGCGAGCUAUACCCGUAUCAAACUUUACAACGAACAUAACUAAGCACGAGGUCCCAACAGAGUUUCACACUAGCGCCAUCCGAUUCACGGAGGAUAACGAUAAGGCAAAACUCAAACUGACUCUAUCAGCACAUGCGCGGUCGCUCCCCGCACCCGCUCCCGCUCCGCCGCCCGCGCCCGCGCCCGCUCGCACCGAGCACCGACCUCGACCCUCCAAGAGCCGGACCCAAGAGUCAUGUGGCACAGAUCUCAUACAGCUAGACGAUUCACCGACCGGCCUCGACCAUUUCGAUCCUCUCAAGUAUCGGGAUAAAGACGACAAACAAACUAUCAAAACUUCCGCGGAUAGUGCACUCCUACAUGAGUACGGAUUAGACUUCGGUCAGUUCGGCUUAUCUGAACUGUCCGCUCCACAGGCCAGCACACACGAAGGAUGGACAACCUUCAACUGA